GCAGCAGGCAGUAGGAGUGUCUGGGCCAUUCAGAGCAAAAGUGAUAGCUGUCAUAAAGUUAAAGCGGUGACCUGUCUAGCCUAUGGCACGUGGGUGGUGAUUUUCCCAUGCCAUGGAACCUCAGCACAGAGUAAUGGCAGACCAGUAGUAACAGGGAUAUUGACCGCUCUGAUAGCGUAAGAAUGCAGCUGCAUGACUCUCUGAUCAAAUGGGACCUAGUGCGUGCCUGUGGUGUACUACUAACAGCCCUCCUGUGCUGCCUCUUGUCUGUGUCUGCACGAGUGUGUGGUUGUGUGUAUUGUAUAUGCAUAUAAGUAGUAGCUGUCUUUACAAGCCAAGCUGGGGUGUGGCUCCUGGGAUGGGAUAGGUGUGUUUGGAGAGGGGAGGGGACAGAAAAGUUUGCUGCAACGCAGUGAAAGAGCUCUGUCCUCAGCUGGUCAUCACAUAGCAGUGGUUGAUCCCUGGGGCAACAGUGGCUGAGAAGCUGCAUUAGACUGAAAUACAUUCCCUCUCUAUGGAUAACAGGUAAAAAAUAUAUCUGGUGGUCUGAGAAAGAGGCUAGGAGUUGGGACUCCUGGGUCCCUUUAUUACCUCUGCCACUGAUUUGCUUGGGCACAUCAUGGGCUAACCUCUCUGUGUCAGUUUGUCUGUAACAAGGUCUUAUACCACCUCCCUCCACAGGGCUGUUGUGAUGCUUAAUUAAUUCAUGUGACACACUUUGAAAGACUCAGAUGCAAGGUGCAAUAGAUGUGUAAAGUUUUAUUAUUUAUUUUAUUUUAUUAUCCUCCAAAGCCAAAACCACCUCCUACAGAUGGUUUCAGCUCUCCCGUGCAAUGUAUGACUUAAUGCUUGUAUUGAUAAAUAGCACUGGAACCAAGGAAUGUGCGUGCCAUAGGGCAAUGGUAAUCUGUAAUUGCACUGCCUAUCAUGUGAGGAUUUCAAGGCCCGUGACAAAGAUGGGUGUGUAUUAUAUCCACUUGACAAAUGUGGAAACUGAGGCAUGCAAAGAAGCCUUGUGGCUUGAAGGGCAAUCCAGCAAUAAGACUCAGCCUGGCCUACAGGGCUGCAGAGAAAUGUCCCUGGAGACACCCCCUGUUCCUUUCCAAGCAGUGCCAGAUUAAGCACAGAUCCAUUGAGCUGUAGAUCCAAAUCUUACAUGGCAAAGGCUCUAGUUCCAACAGCAUUUAGAUCUACUGAGGUGUGGCUACCACCCGCACAAGGGGAGGGGGGGACUUGGUUGGGGGCUGGCCCAAGCUGUCCUCUGCUGUCCUGUUUGUAUUGCAUUAGGGAGCUUGAUCUGAGCCCCUAUGCAGAUGUGGCCUGAAGCAAGAGUAGGGAACUUGCUGUUGACAUCUGUCAGUGAACAGGGAGAAGAGCAGCCCAGAGCUGCAUGAGAACUCCAGUUGGACAGGAGCUCUAAAGGGCAGGGAGCUCUCUGCUGGCAUCUAUUGGUGAGCAAGGGGAAAUGAUUGAAUGGGCCAGGCCUCAUUUGCAUUUCAGUUAUGUGACAGUUUGGUGCAUUUUGGUUAAGACACAGUUAAGUUUUGAGUUUGGGGGCAGUAAAAUGCUAUUGUCCGUGAUGGGAAAUGAAGGGACAAGAGAACUGCAUCAAAUUUGCCUAGGGUGAGAAGUCACCCUAACCGCGAUUGUGACCUGGCACAGCUGAAUAGCAGUUACUGGACAAAGUCUAAGUAAGUAAUUUGAAUGGAUAGACUGGGCUCUACCUUCUGUUGAGAUGCCCUUCCUGGUGGUAGGGGCUUUGUUUAGGGAUGCUAUAUGUCAUUGACUUUUCCCUGCAGACUCCUUACGGAGGUAGCUUCAAGACGGUGGUUGGCUUUGAGGUGGUGGACAGAGGUAAACUGAGGUGCUUCAAGGCCGUGCAGGGAGCUGAGGUGGCUUGGGCUGAAGCCACAGAGAGCCGCAGCUUACCGGAGGGACUCUGGUGCAGGCAUCUCUACCUAGCAAUCAAAGCUGAAAUCGCUUCUGCUGGGUCAGGCGGUAGAAGACCCUUCCCCCUCCCCCUGGCAACCCAGGCAGCACUUCCCUUAGGGGCUGAUGACUGAACUGAACACCUCCAGCCCUGGACACCAAACUGCAAGUGGGGGAGCUGCGGAGGAGAGAAGUGGCCAGAGUGCAUUAGGAGGACUGAGUUUGGAACUACUGCUAAGACACCUUGGGGCAGGGGGGAAGAGUCUUGCCUAAUACUGUCCAUUUAUUAACUGCUGCCUUUCCCGAGCUCAUUAUGUUGCCCCUCUUUCUUCUCUGCCCCAUAAAGUACUCUUCGUUUUAAACCCCUGAAUUCCCCAUCCCUCUCAAAGCUAUGCAGCAUCAGUUGGUCUCCCAGUAACAUGCCUGUUACCUAUAACCACUUCAACACACGUCUCCCUAAGAAAUCAAUCACAUCCUAUUCCCUGAGCCUGUCAGUUUUCCCAUACUCCAUGCUUCCCCUUGAAUCUCGUGCCUUGUAGUCUCUCUGGUCACACCUUGCUCUGCUACAGAUGCUAACUGCAUUGCAAUCUUCCACACUGAUUUGAGUUUGCAGGUGUCGCCUGCUGGGAAUCAGGGUUCUGUGAUUCUGUGCGAUGCAGUACAAACAUGCGCUACAAUGAGGCGGGCGGGAGAGAAGGGGGAAAUCAUUAGCAAUCCAGCAUCUCUCUUAGUCCAAAGGCAGGUGCUGCUACACCUACAGCCCGGAGGCGAGCAGGUUGGUGGAGCAGUUACUGCAGGAGUUUAGAAAAGGUGGCUGGGUGUUGGGAAUAUAGGACUAGUGAUAUUUGAAGGCAAUUAACACCGAGGAGUGAUGGGAAUUAUUUAGGGCAGCACAAAGGGGGACAAGGGGGCCAGUUAUGAGCCAUGGGCUUGAAACUAAGUGAGGGAAAAGAACUGGAGAAACUCCCUGACAGUGCCCCAAGGAAGCCUCCUCUCCUGAGACUUCAAACCCAGGCUGCACAACAGCCUGCGGGGAUCAGCCCUGCCCUGGUAGGGAGGGGGGCGGGGGGUGUCGUUUUCCAGCUCUAAUUCCUCCAUUAAAUCAAAUGGAAGAGCACGGUGAAAAACUACAUUUCCCAGUCUCCCCUGCAGCCCUGGGGAUAUAAGCAAUUGGAAGAUUUAAAUAGACCAGGCCUGAAGCAACCAACCUUUGGCACAUAGAAUUUCCCCUCCUCUUCUCUGUAUCCAUUGGCUGUUUAACCUUUUUUCUGGUGUUGGACUGGCUGCCCAGCCUGGCAUUAAUUUUUCUUCCAAGCUUGCUAGGCCCAUGAAGUAAACAGCCAUGUGCAUUCCUUGCUCUAUAUUUAACAGCUGCAGUCUGUGCUGGGGGAGACUGCACAAGAAGGGAAUCUGUGUCGCUUACCAAAUUCAUAUCUCUGAAGGGGGGCGGUGAGGAGAGCUGAUUGGAAGGGGAGAGGGAUUUCUCUCCUGUACGUUUUUUUGAAAGCAGGUUUCCUCUAGGGAGACUCCACAAUGCCAGCAUCCCAAAGCCGGGCCAGAGCCAGAGAGCGGAACAAUGUCCUGAACAGGGCUGAGUUCCUCUCGUUGAACCUGCCCAUGAAAGGAAGCCAGGAGGCCAGGAGCUCCAGCAGAAAGCAGGGCAGUCAGUCUGGUCUGGCUCCCACCCAAAACGAAGGCACCAAGGAGCGGAGGCAAUCUCAGCAGCUUCCUGAGGAGGACUGCAUGCAGCUGAACCCCUCCUUCAAGGGAAUUGCCUUCAACUCCCUGCUGGCCAUCGAUAUCUGCAUAUCCAAGAGGCUGGGGGUCUGUGCCAGCAGCGCCUCAUCCUGGGGCAGCGCCCGCUCCAUGAUCACACUCAUCGGGAUCACAGGGCAUGGUGUACCCUGGAUCGGGGGCACACUCAUCUGCCUGGUGAAGAGCAGCACGCUGGCGGGACAGGAGGUCCUCAUGAACCUGCUGCUAGCCUUGCUCCUGGACGUCAUGAUUGUGGCAGGAUUGCAGAAGCUGGCCAAGCGACGAGGCCCCUAUGAUGUCCACCCUGGCCUCUUGGACUAUCUGACCAUGGACAUCUAUGCUUUCCCAGCCGGCCACGCCAGCCGAGCUGCCAUGGUGUCCAAAUUCUUUCUCAAUCACCUGGUUUUGGCCAUCCCACUCCGGAUCCUGCUGGUCCUCUGGGCCUUCUGCGUGGGGCUUUCCCGCGUCAUGAUUGGACGGCACCACAUCACAGAUGUCCUCUCCGGCUUUGUCUUUGGCUACUUGCAGUUCAGGCUGGUGGAGUUGAUGUGGAUGUCUUCCAACACGUGUCAGAUGAUAAUAUCAAUCUGGUGAACACAAGAAUCCCUGACGGAAACUAGCAGACACUUUAAGAUUUUCUCUCUCUUCAUAUUUUUUUUUAAAUAUAAUUCUUCAUAUUUAUUGGAAAAAACUUUAACUUCCAUAAGUAGUAGUAGUCUUUUUACUGUUGCUCCCCUGCCUGAAAAAAAAUGUUUCUUGCAGAUGGUUAGGCUUCAGCAAUCAAGGGCCAGCCAUCACAGUAUUUUGGCCACUUUUUAAAAUCCCAUUUGGAUGGUAACCAAACUAAGCAGUACAGAUAACAAAAUGUCAGGUUUCAGAGUAGCAGCCAUGUUAGUCUGUAUCCACAAAAAGAACAGGAGUGCUUGUGGCACCUUAGAGACUAACAAAUUUAUUAGAGCAUAAGCUUUCAUGGGCUACACAAAAUGAGUUCUCUUUGGGUGGUGCACAUCUGACGCCCAGGUGUGUUCUCAGAAAACCUGUUAUCCCUUUGGGAUGCGUUAAUUAGCUUCUUGGAGGCAAAAUGUUUUGGGGCAAAGUACUACAGCACUUUUUCUGUCUGCCAGCCCAACGAUUGUGUCUUGUACCGGGCCAGGCGCACUGCUGAUGCCUCACAGAUAAUAAAUAAUCAUAAAACUUC